AUGGCCGCGCCGGGGUCACGCGCCGCCGAGCACAACCAGAAGCGGCGGCCCCUGUCCGCCGAUCUGCUCCAGAACUGCGACCUGCUGCCUCCGGCCAAGCUCUUCGGCCCACCAGAACCCCCACGGAUCGCCACCAGCCUCGCCAGGCACGGCUGCAGGCUGGUUCUGGUGGGCGACGAGGGCGCCCUAGCCGCCACGGCGGAGGAGGCGCGGCGCUGUGCCGGCGGAGGAGCGGCGGCCGUCGCGGUGGUGGGUCUGGACUUCGAGGCCUGCGACGAGACGGCGGCCGGCGCGGCGGUGGAGGCCGCGUGGCGCUGCUUCGGGGACGGCCUCGACGCCCUGGUGAACUGCUGCUCCUACGAGGGGGAAGUGCAAGAUUGCCUCAGCAUAACUGAAGACGAGUACGAGAAGACCAUGAAAAUCAAUGUAACCACACCAUGGUUUCUCAUCAAGGCGAUCGCAAAGAGGUUCCGGGACGCGCAAUCCGCUGGAUCUAUAGUGUGCUUAACACAGAUCAUCGGGGCCGAGAGAGGAUUGUACCCAGGCGCUGCGGCAUACGGCAUACGGCGGGCGCCAGCAACGGCGGCCUGGCCGCGCUGCUCCUGCGCGACUCAGCAGCGCUAUCCGCGCACCGACGGUGGGUCAUGA